AUAGAAAAGAAAGGUCUUUAAGAUGUGUUCAAUUCAUUGCUCACACACAACACAACUUCAUCUUUCUUUUCCUUCAAUUCUCUCACUUAAAUUAAUUAGUUUCCUAAACUCCAUUCUUGAUUUUUUUUUUCUUUAUUUUUCGUCUAAAUUAUUUCUAUUAUUAGUACAUACAAUAGUACGUACCUUGCUAAAAAUGGGUUACAAAUCAUUGGAAAAACCAAAACCAAAACACAGAAAAGGUUUAUGGUCACCCGAAGAAGAUGAAAGAUUAAGAAACUACAUUAUUCAUCACGGCCAUGGUUGUUGGAGCAAUGUUCCUAUUAAUGCCGGACUGCAAAGAAAUGGGAAGAGUUGUAGAUUAAGAUGGAUUAAUUACUUAAGACCAGGGCUUAAGAAAGGCAUAUUGAGCCCUCAAGAAGAGGACAUUGUUCUAACCCUUCAUUCUUCUCUCGGAAAUAAAUGGUCACAAAUAGCACAACAAUUGCCUGGGAGGACAGAUAAUGAGAUCAAGAAUUAUUGGCACUCAUAUCUCAAGAAGAAGGUAACAAGGGCAGAAAAAUUUGAACCCAUAUCAAAAAUCCAAGAAGAAAACGGGUCACCCGUCGGAGCAACCGCCUCGUUUUCGGGUUCCGAUUCAUUUGGAAAGAAAGAAGGAUGUUCAAUGGAUUUAACUCAAAUAAUUAACAAUAAUAACAACAAUCAAAGUGCAUUACCAAGAGUUAUGUUUGCUGAAUGGUUUACCAAGGAUAUUGAUCAUCUUAAUUAUGGUCUCACUCAAAGUGUUACGUGCGACGAAGGACCAUGUAGCAAUUAUUAUGAGUUAUGUAAUGACUCACAAGAGAAUGUAUUGAGUGAUUUCUUGUAUGGGAAUGAAAUUUCAAAUAAUCGUUUUGUUGGAAGUAAUUUUAUGUACAUUUAGGCAUUUAGCUGUACGUUUUGUAAUGCCCUUAUAGCUUAUUCGGAAUAUAAAAAAAACUGGUUAAGGAGGGGAUUUAUAUAAUUAUAUUAUACUUAUUCUUAAGUACUCCCUCUAUUCCUUUAUGUUGUACCCAUAAGGAAUGUUGGGGGGGUUUUUAAGAAAACUGAAUCUUUGUUUGUAUUGGGA